CCACCAUGACAACCAAAUCAAAAUCUCAGGAUAAACAUAAAAUGUCUGAAAUAGAUGAAAAUAUAUCGAAAUUAUUUGAUAUUAAAAAGCGUUUGGGUAAAGGAGCCUACGGUAUCGUAUGGAAAGCCUUGGACAAACGAAACAAUGAAACUGUGGCCGUUAAAAAGAUUUUCGAUGCUUUUCGCGAUGAAACAGAUGCCCAACGCACCUUCCGAGAAAUUGUGUUCCUCAAAGCAUUUCGUAAUCAUCCAAAUAUAGUAAAACUACACAACGUUUACAAGGCUCAAAACAAUUUGGACAUUUAUCUGAUAUUCGAAUAUAUGGAAAGUGAUCUGCAUAACAUCAUUAAGAAGGGCACCAUACUCAAGGAUAUACAUAAACGUUAUAUAAUGUAUCAAUUGAUAAACGCCAUUAAAUAUAUACAUUCGGGAAAUGUUAUACAUCGUGACUUGAAGCCGAGCAAUGUUUUAAUCGACAGUAAAUGCAGGUGUAAAUUGGCUGAUUUUGGCCUGGCCCGAUCCGUAUCAAGUAUGCCAAUGCAUUAUGUGGCAACACGUUGGUACAGAGCACCGGAAAUUUUAAUAGCAAGUAAAAAGUACACUAAAGGCAUUGACAUGUGGAGUUUGGGAUGUAUUCUGGGUGAGAUGAUUCGUGGCAAGCCACUAUUUCAAGGAAGCAGUACCGUUAAUCAGAUUGAAAAAAUAAUUUCCACUUUACCGGAUAUAACGGAAGAUGACAUAAAAGCGGUGGGUGCAGGAUUUGGCUCAGUUCUUCUGAAGAAACAUAUAUCAAAAGAAAAGAAGACAACUUUUAGAGAUUUACUAAAUGAUGCAUCAAAAGAUGCAUUGGACUUGGUGAAAUCGUUAUUGGUAUUAGAUCCCUUGGGUAGAUUGACGGCAAAACAGGCUCUGUGUCAUCCAUAUGUGGAAAAAUUUCGUAACUCAAUACCAGAAAUUGAAUUAGAUGGUGAUAUUCUACCUCCAUUUCGUGAUGAUGUUCGGUUGUCGGUGCCUGAAUAUAGAUCAAAGUUAUAUGAAAUUGCUCAAAUGUCUGGCGAAAGGAAACUACAAUUAGAUAGUUCGUCAAAAAUAUACGAUAAUGAAUCCAAGCAAAGAACUGAAAACAAACAAAACAGUGCCACAGAAAAAUCAGAUCUAAAAAAGCCAUCAAAACCAAAACACAGCAAUGGCAAAAAAUCCAUUAACGAGGAUAAGCCCAGAGUUGGUACAACUGAAAAGAAUAUUUCAACAAAUGAAGAAAGCUGUAGUAGUUACCAACACAACAACAAUCCACCAAUAUAUACGGCUCCUUCGUUGAUGAAAAGGAAAAUAAAUAAAAGUACUAGCAACAUAGCAGCCUCAACUGACCUGGAGAAACACAAAACAUUCGGAUUAGAUGAACGCCAGCAUAUUAAAACCCAAACGUUCCAGCAUAGACCCUCAACAAAUAUCGAUGACAUAGCUAAAGCCCCUAUUGGCAAUGGUCAAACAAACCUUAAGGUUCUGAACAAUUCUUACAAACUUUAUCGGAGUUCAACGUCUUUAAAUAAAUUGGAGAACAACAGCAAGGCUACAGAAUAUAAAUCAUAUAAUACAAUUUCGACUACAGCCUCAUCACCGCUACUACGUCAGGGCAGAUCUGAAAUUUCCAAUGCAAACAAAUCUCCAGCCAGUGAAAAAUCUCAGGAACGCAUUUGCUACGAACGGCGUUUGCAGAAGCUUGAAGAUGAUAUACGACGCUACAAGAACGAAGUGAAAUCUUUUUGUCGCGAUACCUUUAAUUAUCCGAAACAGAAUCAAACAAAUCAAAAACCGACAGAAACAUUAGCCAAAACACCGUCGAUGCCACCAGAGUCAGAGAAGGAUUUAAGAAAUAAUUAUAAAAAUCCUACAAGAAAACAAACAAAUUACCAUUCGGCAAACACACCUAUAAAAAGUACCUACUUUCAGUUAUUAACUAAGGGAAAACAUAGCAAUGCUCUUGAACUCAUUUCAAGUGGCAGUGGGGGGGAACCACUAAUGCAAAUGGAAGACUUUUUAAAAUCACAUUCGGCGAUUCAUAAAACCGAUAUGCGCAAAUAUGAAAAUAGCAAAAACGUUGGUAGUGGCGGCCAACAGUACGAACAGCAGCAGCUGCCACACCAGUUGUUGUAUAAACAGCCAAAACGCUCCAUAUCGAAAUUCAUUUAA